CUGCUAGCUCUACAGCCAUCUGCUCAGUUCCCUAGGAGGAGAACGCUGAGGGCGGAGGGAACGGCACGGAAACGCCGCUCCAGACCCUACACCUCCAGUGGGACCUGAGGUCCAGCCGGGAUCCAAUGGAGGACAAGAAGAAGAAAAGGAGUCCCAAGCCCUGCCUGACCCAGCCAGCCCAGGCCCCUGGCACAUUACGAAGGGUCCCUGUGCCCACCAGCCACAGCGGCUCCUUGGCCCUGGGACUCCCUCAUCUGCCGUCCCCCAAGCAGCGGGCCAAGUUCAAGAGGGUAGGCAAGGAGAAAUGUCGCCCGGUGCUGGCCGGAAGUGGGGGCGGCUCUGCAGGCACGCCCCUGCAGCACUCCUUUCUGACCGAGGUGACCGACGUCUAUGAGAUGGAGGGGGGACUGCUGAACCUGCUCAAUGAUUUUCACUCAGGCCGGCUGCAGGCCUUUGGAAAGGAAUGCUCCUUUGAGCAGCUGGAGCACGUGCGGGAGAUGCAGGAGAAGCUGGCCCGGUUGCACUUCAGCCUGGACGUGUGUGGGGAGGAGGAGGAGGAGGAGGAGGAAGAGGACGGGGUCACUGAGGGGCUGCCUGAGGAGCAGAAGAAGACGAUGGCUGACCGCAACCUGGACCAGCUGCUUAGCAAUCUGGAAGAUCUUAGUAAUUCUAUACAGAAGCUGCACCUGGCCGAGAACGCCGAACCCGAGGAGCAGUCCGGUGUAUAGGUGUCGGACCCAGGCCCAGACUGCUCCUCCCAUCCCCUUCAAACUGUGACUUUUUACGGACUCGAUCGGGUAUUCCACGGCCCCCCAGGUGCUACGGGGGUGGGGGGCACUAGAUGGGAUUAAACCAGAAAGAAAGACA